AGGCGUCCAGCGAGCCGCGAGGACCAUGGAGCCGGUGUCGCUGCAGGACUUUGUUUGCGCCCUGGACCCCGCCUCCCUCCCGCGCGUGCUGCGGAUCUGCUCGGGGGUCUACUUCCAGGGCUCCAUCUACGAGAUCUCUGGGAAUGAGUGCUGCCUCUCCACAGGGGACCUGAUCAAGGUCACCCAGGUAUGUCUCCAGAAGGUGGUCUGCGAGAACCCGAGCACCGGCCAGACCAUUGAAAUCAGCCCCACCUUCCGAGGCCACUUCAGCCCCCUCACCGGCCCCCAGAGCUACGGAAGCCUGGAAGAGCUGCUCUCUGCUGCGAGCCAUCACCCCAAGAAGCUGCCCAUUUGCUUCAUGUCGGCCCACAGAAUCGUCACAGAGGGCAGGGUGGUGCCUGAGGACCAGCCCCUCACGCUUGAGGACGUGGAAAUACACCACGGGGUCUACCGCGCCCGCUGCGUGCUGGACACCGAGGCCCAGCUGCUCAUUCUGCACCUGCCCCUGUCCCAGAAGGGUCCCUUCUGGGAAUGGAAGCCCGGCGCCUCUCGGCCCCUGCUCCAGGCUCUGCAGGACCCAGGCCUGAAGAACCUCCUCUUCACCUGCCCCACCCUCCCCUGGCGCUCCCUGAUCCUGAGGCCCCAGUAUGAGGUCCAAGCCAUCAUGCACAUGCGCAGAACCAUCGUCAAGAUCCCCUCCACCCUGGAGGUCGACGUGGAAGAUGUCACUGCCUCCUCUCAACACAUCCACUUCAUCCAGCCGCUGCUGCUGAGUGACGCCCUGGCCCGGGGAGGGCCCUUCCCUCUGGCCACCGAGAUCCUGGAAGUUCCAGAGGGGCCCCCUAUCUUCCUCAGCCCGUGGGUCAGGUCCCUGCAGAAAGGCCAGAGGCUCUACAUCCAUGGCCUGGCCUCAUCACCCUGGCGGGUCCUGGUCUCAACCAAGGGCCGGAAGGUGCCCAGACACUUCAUGGUCUCUGGGGCUUACCAGGGCAAGCUGCGGCGGCGGCCGAGAGAGUUCCCCACGGCCUAUGACCUCCUGGGCGCUCUCCAGUCAGGCCAGCCGCUCCGGGUCGUGGCCACAAAGGACUACGAGGGCGACGGGGCAGAGAUCCCUGGGUUCACUUCCCUGGCUGUGGGGGACAGGCUGGAGGUGCUGAGAUCUGGCCAGGUCCACGGGGCCAAGGGCAGAGACAUAGACGUUUUGGUGUGUCAGCGGCUGAGUGAUCAGGCCAAGGAGGAGGAGGAGGAGGAGGAUGACUAUGAAGAGAUAGAUGAAGACGAGGUUCUGCUGCCCCUCUACUGCUCCAGUAGCUUCGUGGAGGAGAUGAAUGAUGGCCGGCGCUACAGCCUGGAAGAUCUGAUUACCCAGUUUUCACUGCCUUGUGAGGUCAAGGUCGUAGCCAAGGACAGUGGCCAUCCUGCUGACCCUCUGCCCCCCUUCCCGGGCCUGCGGCUGGAGGAGAAAAUCACGGAACCCUUCUUGGUGAUCAGCCUUGACUCCAACCCUGCGGUGUGCUUUGAGAUCCCUCCCCGGUGGCUGGACCUGUCUGUGGUGGAAGCUGACGGGCAGCCAGGCCCGCCAGCUGGGCCUCUCCCUACAGCCACGGUGGAGGAGCUGACAGAUGCCUUCUACUAUAGCCUUCGGAGGUUACCGACCUUUGAGAACCAACCGCCACCAAGGCCCCCCAAAAGUCAGGGCCUCAGUGGGCAGAAGAAACAAAGUCGCAAGGAAAAAGCUGGCCAGUGUUCCCAAGUCUUAGAACUGCAGGAAUACCCUCUGCUCCCCAAACCCAAGAUGAAGGCACCGCCGCAGAGGGUCAAGGACAGCUCAGAUACGUACAGCAAGGUUUCCACCCACAAGAAGGGCCUCAGGGCCACCAAGACCAACAGAAAGGAUCCAGAUGACGACGAACAUGAUUACGAAGAGGUACUUGAACAAUUUCGGAAUAACCUUUAGAUGCUGGAGGAGCCCUGCUUCCUAACUGCUGCUUCUCAUGGAAUCUGAGAUACCAGCCAACUGUUAGAAGACCAUGGACAAGAUCUCACUGAAAUCAGACUGUGGACAGCACGUUUGCUAAUGACUCUGUGGGGACUGACCUGUAUAGGGGUGAACAUACCACCUUCCCUAAUUCUAGACUCCUGGCACCGAGGGCUGGCUUGUUUGGGCCCAGCACCUUGCACUCCCUCAGCCUCAGAGCUUCGGUAUCCAGAGGAGCCAACCGGAUUCUACUCAACCUUGAGUCCCCAACACCAGUUGUCUCACUGGUUGGUGCAGAAAGGAACCCAGGGACCACCAAACGGGGCAACGAUGGCAGUGUUUCCUGCCUCUUGGUAAAGGGGACUCAAUCCUGACCACACUCACCAAGAGCCUUGUUAGGUUUGCCACCUCCUCGCCUCCUGUGGGCUCACUCUUUCUCCUCCUCCCCCACCCAGUUCUAAGCCCCCAAGAGACCAGGACUGUCUCAUCUCUGCAGUACGCAGCACGUGACAGCUGCAGGGGACUAUCCAAGAUUUUUUCACUCUAAAACCAUAGAAUAAAAAGGACAUCUGGGCUUCUGGAAAAAUG